AUAAAUAUAUGUGUCUUAUUGUGGCAGCCUGUACAAUUUAUUCAGUUUGAAGAACAGACAAAUCCAGUCCAUAUGUGCAGCUUCUGCUUUAAAUAUGUGUGAAAACAAGGAUAAAAGCAUGGGUGGAUAAGAUGCAAGAAGAUCUUGUGACGCUCGCACGGACUGCAAGUGGAGUGGACCGGCUUGCUGAUAUUUAUUUGAAAAACACAGCAUUGUAUACUGUACAAGCAAACAACCCUCGUCAGCUAGUGGAAAUUGCAGCCAGAGACAUUGAAAAACUUCUAAGUAACAGGUCUAAAGCCUUGGUGCGCCUUGCUAAAGAAGCAGAGAAGUACCAAGCCUCACAUCAGUGGAGGGACGAGUUUGGGAAUAAUGAUAUAAUCUAUUACAAUGCAAAAGACGAUCAGAAUGAUCCUGAAAAGAAUGAAACUGAAUCUGGCAGCCAGAGAAUCAGACCAGUAUUUGAAGACGAUCCUGUUUUCCGACGGCAAACAUCUUACCAGCACGCAGCAGUCCAUAUACCAACAGAUAUUUAUGAAGGCUCAACAAUAGUGUUGAAUGAGCUCAACUGGACGGCAGCGCUGGAUGAUGUGUUCAAGCGGAACAGGGAAGAGGACCCCACUUUAUUGUGGCAGGUUUUUGGUAGUGCCACUGGCCUCGCAAGGUAUUACCCAGCUUCCCCAUGGGUAGAUAAAAGUCGAACUCCUAAUAAAAUAGAUCUGUAUGAUGUACGCAGAAGACCAUGGUAUAUCCAAGGAGCUGCAUCUCCCAAAGACAUGCUUAUUUUAGUGGAUGCGAGUGGCAGUGUCAGUGGAUUGACCUUGAAGCUGAUCCGCACAUCGGUCAUUGAGAUGUUGGAGACCUUGUCUGACGAUGACUUUGUGAAUGUAGUUUCUUUUAAUAAUAAUGCUCAAAAUGUCAGCUGCUUUAAUCAUCUUGUCCAAGCUAAUGUGAGGAACAAGAAGAAACUGAAAGAAGCUGUCUAUAAAAUCUCUGCUAAAGGAAUUACAGAUUACAAAAAAGGUUUUAGCUAUGCUUUUGAACAGCUGCUAAAUCACAGUGUCUCCAGAGCUAACUGCAAUAAGAUUAUUAUGCUGUUUACAGAUGGUGGUGAAGAAAGAGCACAAGAAAUUUUCCACAAAUAUAAUGAAGACAAAAAAGUACGUGUGUUCACAUUUUCUGUUGGCCAACAUAAUUAUGACAAAGGACCCAUACAGUGGAUGGCCUGUGAAAAUAAAGGUUAUUAUUAUGAAAUCCCAUCUAUUGGAGCCAUAAGAAUAAACACCCAGGAAUAUCUGGAUGUUUUGGGAAGACCAAUGGUUUUAGCUGGAGAGCAAGCCAAACAAGUUCAAUGGACAAAUGUCUAUCUGGAUGCUCUGGAGCUGGGCCUUGUGAUUACAGGAACCCUGCCAGUCUUCAAUCUAACAAGGGAACAAAAUGGGAAAAUUAACCAGCUGAUUCUUGGAGUAAUGGGGGUUGAUGUCUCUCUGGAGGACAUAAAAAAACUGACUCCCCGAUUUACG